GUGCCGUGGGGCCCCUCGGAGGAGAAGAAGAGGGAGUGCAGCCUUAAGAGGAAGAACCCCGAGACCGAGUGCUUCAACUUCAUCCGCGUCCUGGUGGCUCUGAACAGCUCCCAGCUGUACGCCUGCGGCACCAACGCCUUCAGCCCCGCCUGCACCCACAUCCUCCUGGACGACUCCGCUGUGCCGUGGGUCGCAGUGGGGCAGCGCGAUGGAAAGGGGCAAAGCCCCUUCGACCCCCGCCAUUCCCACACCGCGCUGCUGGACGGCGGGGAGCUGUACGCAGCCACAGCCAACAACUUCCACGGCACGGAGCCGAUCAUCUCGCGCUCGCUGGGCGGCCGCACCGCGCUCAAAACCGACGCCUCCCUGCGCUGGCUGGCAGGUGGGAAACCGCCCCACUGCUGGGGGUCACCGCCCCAUAGCGACAGCACCUGUGGGUCACACCGCCCCACUGCUGGGGGUCACCGCCCCAUAGCGACAGCACCUGUGGGUCACAGCACCCCACUGCUGGGGGUCACUGCCCCAUACGACGUGGGGGGCGACAAAGUGCUGCAGAAGAAAUGGACGACGUUCCUGAAGGCGCAGCUGCAGUGCGCGCCGCCCGGCCGCCCCCCCUUCGGCCGCGUCCGACACGUCGCCAGCGCCCCCCCCGCCGCGGGCGGCGACCGCAGCGCCGAGUUCUAUGGGGUCUUCGAGGCGCAGUGGCUCCCCGGCGGCUCCGCGCUCUGCUCGUUCAGCCGCGCUGCGCUGCGGGCGGCGUUCGAGGGGCGCUUCCUGGAGCGGGAGAAGGACGGCGCGGCGUGGAGCCCCCGCAGCGCCCCCAGCGGCGGGGCCCGGCCUGGCAGCUGCUCGGUGGCGCCGUGGUCGGACCAGGCGCUGACGUUCAUGAAGGAGCACUUCCUGAUGGAGACCCCGGUGCCCCCCAACCACGGCCGCCCGCUGCUGCUGAGCCCCAACGUCAGCUACACCCACAUCGCCGUGCUGCCCACCCGCGGCCUCGGCGGGGCGCCGUUCCGCCUGCUGUUCAUGGCCACCGCCGAGGGCUCAGUGCACAAAGCGCUGGAGCUGCCUGGCGGCCGCGCGCUCAUCCUGGAGAGCAUCGCCCUGUUUGAGCAGCCGCGCCGCGUCAGCAGCUUCCUGCUCAGCGCCAGCAAGGUGCGGGCGUGGGGGGGAUCUGACCCUAUGACCACGUGGCUGCAGGACGUGGAGGGAGGCGACGCCAGGAGCCGCUGCCAGCGCGCGAGGAGCGGGGGGGCGGAAACGGAAGUGGCUGAGCUGACUCUCAGCCCGGCGCUGCACAGCGUCGUGCGCCUGCCGUGCCCGCGCCGCUCCGCCUGGGCGGCGUACAGCUGGGAGCGGCCGGGGGGCGGCGGGGCGGCGGCGGGGGGCGCGGAGCAGCUGCCGGACCUGACGCUGCUGGUGGUCGCGCGGCGCGGCGCCCUGGGCGCCUACACGUGCUGGGCCACCGAGAACGGCUUCCGCUGGGCCGCCGUGCGGUACCGCCUGCGGGAGCCCGAAGGCGGCGGCUGGGGGCGCGAGGAGGGGGCGGCGACCCCCCCCCCGGGCGGCUCCUACUGGCCGCAGCUGGUGGCCGUGGCCGCGCUGCUCGCCUUGACGCUGCCGGCCGCCGCCGCCUCGGCUCUGGUGGCUUACAGGGCGCGCAGCAAAGUGCGGGGCUGCGCGGCGGCUGCGGGGGGCGUGGAAAAAGCGCCCCUCAACGGGGCGGGGGGCGGGGAGAGGGGCUGCUGCCUGCAGAUGGACGGCGGGAGCGGCGCCGACCGCGAGCGCGGCUCCGGCGGCGUGCGGUGAGAACGGCGGGG